AUGGCAUACUCGGCCCAAAAAUCCGCUAUUCCGCCCCCUUCACCAUCGCCUUACUCUCGUCUCCCGACCCCAGCAAAUUCCCAUUUCAAUCGUCCUCAGAACUCACGGUCCGUGUCUUCCUCCGCUUACGGCUCUUUGCAUCCUUCGCCGAGUCGCCCGACACUCCAGCCUCAUCACAAUCCGUAUGAUUCGUUUGCGCCGCAACCAUGUCCUACUCCAACUCCAACGUCCAAAUCCCCGGGUUUCGGCCUUCACAGGUCUGCCAGCACCAUCCAUUCCAGCCACAAGCGCCAAACUUCAAUUGCUGAGAAAGCAAAGAUGUUCGAGAGGCUUGAUGAUGGGAUGAUGAGGUCACCAGGCGUCUCCGCCGGUCCGGGAUACGGAUCAGGUGCUGGUAAUCUAAAAAUUCCCAGUGGUCAUGGUACAAAGAGAGACCCUUUGAGUAGCGUCACAUCUCCUACCUCUCAUAGAAUGCCCUCUAGACCUUCCUCUUAUGUUGAAAGCGGCAACCACCAAGAGUUUUUUGGGGAUGUGAAAAAUCAAAUCUCGGGUUUGCGGCGACCAUCUCAACCGCUUAAUAUCUUGCCGAAUGGGCUUGGAGACCGCCAGGCACAGGAGUAUGAUAGUCAGGCUAGUCUGGUAACACAACCUUCACAUUCACCAAUGCGAAAAUCUUUGGGUCUUUUGAGCGAACCCUCGCCGGUUCCCCUGCAACCUAAGGAAAGUAUUCGAAUGGACGAUUCCCAGCUCAUGCCGCCACCUCCAUCCUUAAUACGCCAACUUUCGGCAUCCUCCCAUCAAACCCCUGUUACUGUAGAAGCACCUAUUCAAGCCCCUCUCAAGCCUCCGACUCCGACUCCACCAUCCCAGGUCCCCACCCCGUCCCCUAGGAAGGGAAGUCAUAUCAGAGCCCAGAGCCAUGUAAUAGGACCAACUUCGAAACUGCCUCCUAGAUCAACUUCAACUCGCCCGAUGGAUCCACGACCAACAUCAACUGUUGGGAAAAAGGUUAUGGGCCCACCACGACCACCGAGUACUCUACAUUCUAUUCCCAGUGCGCGUCCUAGAGCCGUAUCUCACAAUGCCGCUGAGGUCAGGCGUAUCGCGACACCCGCGAACGACCUACCCCUCCCAAAGGGUACUCGACAUGCUUCUGGCAGAAUAAUUGCUCCUCCACGUCCUACUUCUACUCGUCCAAACGAACCCGUUCCUAGUUCUACUGGAGUGCGGCGUCCCACAGUCAGUGGUAAUCGUCCGAGGCCGCCAUCUAGCCAUAUAGCGGCGCCUCCUUCAGGUUAUUCUUCGAAAGGUUCGGACACAGAAUCAAGUAUGCGCUCAGAAAGUGUAGCAUCGACCAAUUCAAAUACCAGUUCUGUGCGCUCGGAUUUGACUACCCGCCCCAAGACAGCAAAUCGACCCACUACGGCCCAUAAGACGGCCCAAGAGCCACAAAGCCCCGUUCGUAGCCAUAAGAAAACCACGUCGAUAAUGGCCGCAACAAAGCCAUCUAAACCCAGUUUUAAUACUUUCAAAGUGGAGUACCAACAUGCUGUACUCGCACCAAAGCCUUCAAUGGCAUCUCUAUUACACCAACAGCCACAAACAGCGACGUCUUCUGUCCAAUCCACCGAGGUUUUUCAUGCUCAAACUAGACUUCUUCAGUUGGCCAUCCUUCACGCUAAAAGCUUCAACUCAACUACCGCUCUUAAAACAUCGGCACAUGAUAAACUUUAUAAACGCUUUUCUAGUAUCCGUAAUAAAAGCCUUUCUGUGGCCGAUUCUCACCGUCGAGAACAAGAGCUGGUGGAUUUACAUUCAUUGUCGUUGGUACUGAAGAAAUCAGCUAUGCUUAAUACCGGGUCAGGUCAUCCGAAGGAUAAGUUAUCAAACAGCCCUGAGGAGGCUAUUCAGGUUCUCUCAGAGCACCUAUCUAAAGUUUUGGGAUGGUUCGCCGAGGGACAAUACGAAGGAGAGUACACAAGGAUGACACGGAUUUUUGAGGAGUGGCUAUCGCUUCCUGAUGAGCACGAGAAGAAGGUUGACGGAUUGGGGGUUGAAUAUGCUAAAGAUGUUCUUCGCGUAAAGAGAAAAAUGGAAAUGGCCCUUAGAGGCCUCGAAGGUUGGGUGGUUUUGGUGGUUGAUGGAGAAAAUUCAGAGGAAGGAGAAGAGCCGCUCGGAUUGAAGAGUUCGCUCGGGCGAAUCCUUAGCGUCGCAGUCGGACGACUGAAGGUCGGGCUCGAGGAGUUGUCGGCUAUUCAAACCGUUGAGAAGACUGUCGUCACCACUUUGAGAAAGGAGCUCAAGAAGAAGGUAGGCGACUUGGUGGAGGCCAGGAAAGGGGUUGAUUUAGUGCAGCAGAGGAAAGACCUUGCGGCUUGGACUCCAGCAUGGUCCUAA